AUGAUGGUCAACGGUGCCGAGGUGACUCCCCCGGAGACAGCCCCUGCCUCGCCUCCAGCAGAGCAGGAAGCGCGUCGGCCUCUUCUGCCUCCAGGGGCGAGGAAAAUUGUCUUCGGUCGAACCUCGUCCGAGAGCUCCUCCUCCGAGGAUGACUCCGAUCUGACUUUCGAUCGAGGGCAUGGCCGAGACGCCGACUGGCAAAAGACCAUUUCCAAGGUCGCCGACAGCGUAGUCUCCAUCCAUUACACUCGGCCCCUGUCCUUUGACACGGAUACCACCCACACGAGCCAGGCCACUGGCUUCAUCGUCGACGCCGAACGAGGAUAUGUCCUGACCAAUCGCCACAUCGUGGGCUCCGGACCCUUCUGGGGUCACAUCAUUUUCAACAAUCGCGAAGAGGCAGACGUUGUUCCCUUGUAUCGCGACCCCAUCCAUGAUUUUGGGAUUUUGCGUUUUGAUCCCAAGACGGUCAAGCACAUGAAGCUGGCAGCUCUGGACCUCCACCCUGAACUGGCCAAAGUUGGUGCUGAGAUCAAGGUCAUUGGCAACGACGGAGGCGAAACCCUCGGGAUUCUCUCUGGCUUCAUCAGCCGCACCGAUCGCAACGCCCCCAGCUACUCAGGUUCCUACAGAGACUUCAACACUGCCUACUACCAGUCAAAUGCGGCAGCAUGCGGCGGAAGCUCUGGUAGUCCCGUUGUCAACAUCAACGGCCAUGUCCUUGCUCUGCAGGCAGGCAGUCGCUCCGACGGCGCCUCGACAGACUACUUCUUGCCCCUUCACGAGCCCCUGCGUGCUCUGGGCGAACUCCAAGCUGGAAAGAUCCCCACAAGAGGCGAUAUCCAGACCUGCUUCAGGCUCCAGACAUUUGACGAAUGUCGCCGCUUGGGACUGACUGCAGAUUGGGAAUCCCAUGUGCGAGAGCAGUUCCCCAAGCAGACGAGCAUGCUCUUUGUACGAGACGCGCUGCCUGAAGGCCCCGCAGAUGGAAAGCUCAAAGCGGGUGACAUACUUCUCAAGAUUAACGGCACCCUCGUGGUGGAUUUCCUCGUGCUUGACACCACGCUCAACGACAACGUUGGCAAGGUGGUCAAGUUCCACGUGCUGCGUGCUGGAAGAGACGUGCAAGAGGAGAUUGUCGUCGAUGACUUGGAGAAGAUGGCACCCACCCGCUUCCUCUCCGUCGCCGGAGGAUGUUUCCACGACCUGUCGCACCUGAUGGCACACAGAUACGUGAUCCGAUGUAAGGGCGUCUACGUCAGCGAGACCGGGCUCAUCGAUUUAAGCGGUAGAAAUGGCUGGAUUAUGGAGCGCGUGGCCAACAAGCUGACACCUGACUUGGAUACAUUUGUCUCUGUUAUGAAGGAGAUUCCUGACCGAGCCCGGGUGCCCAUCGCAUACCGGGACCUGGGCGAUCUCAACAGACUGCGACAUAAGGUCAUCACGGUCAACAGACACUGGGCAGCCAAGAUGAAGAUGGUCACCCGCAAUGAUAAAACAGGUAUAUGGGACUUUGAGACCAUUGCGGAUGCUCUCCCACCACAGCCUCCCGUGCCUUGCACAGCAUCUUUCCCCCAGCUAGAGUAUGCGCCCAACGACUUCAUUGCCGAUAUGGCGCGAACGUGGGUUCAAGUUACAUCAAUUCUGCCCUUCUACGUCGAUGCUGUCGUCGGCCAUAGAAGCAUAGGCAUGGGUUUGGUGAUUGAUGCCUGCCAGGGCCUUGUCUUGGUUCCCCGGUCCUUGGUUCCGCACAUCAUGUGCGACUUGGAGAUUGUCGUGGCACAGUCCAUCAUGAUUGAGGGCAAGGUGCUCUUCCUUCACCCCUCAUAUAAUUACUCGGUUGUCCAGUACGACGCCAAGCUCGUGGAUGCGCCUGUUCUCAGUGCUGUCUUCAGCAACGAGAAGAUUACUCAAGGCCAUUCCACCUACUUUGUAGGCCAUUCUGAGAGCGGCAAGAUGGUGUAUUCGUCGACUAUGGUGACUAGAAGACACCUUUCCUCACUCCAUCCGACUAAGAGUCCCCGCUACAGGCCCGUCAAUGUCGACUUUAUUGGUGUCGAAUCCCGCCUCAGCAAAUCCUCCACCAGUGGCGUCCUGCUCUCAGACAAGGGCGAGGUCCAGGCAGUGUGGCUGACCUGGGAUAUGGAUACCGGGUUUUACGCUUAUGGCCUUGGCGCGGACCUCAUCACGCCGGUGAUUGACCUCAUCCGUGGGGGCCAGAUUCCCUCUCUCCGCGUCAUCCCCGCUGAGUUUGAGGUCCUCAACAUGUUCCAGGCUCGCGUCUACGGCGUGACCUCCGAGUGGAUUGACAGGGUCGAGGCAUCAACGGGCCCCCACCAGCUGUUCAGCGCCAAGAGAGUGUUUGGCGACGGAGAUCCGCGCAUCGAGGAGGCGGACAUCCUGCUCACCAUGAACGGUGAAUUGAUCACGCAGUCCGGUCAGCUCGACAUGACACACUGGCAUGACGAAAUCGACGUGGAGGUUGUCAGAAACGGCGAGUUUAUGAGCUUCCGGCUCAACACUCUUGCCGCUGACGACCUGGAGACCAGCCACUUCGUCAGCUUCUGCGGCAUGAUGGUCCAGAAGCCGCAGCUGGCUGUCAGGCAGGUCAUCAGACGGGUGCCAAGUGAGAUCUUCGUUUCAACUAAGUAUUACGGAUCUCCGUCUUGCUUCUACGGCAUGCAGACAGCCAACUUCAUCACCCACAUCAACGAUGAGGAGGUUCCCUCCCUUGAGAAGAUCCUUGAAGUAGUCAAUGCGAUCCCCGACAACACAUACUUCCAGAUCCGCGCCGUUUCCUGGCAUGACAUUCCCUUUGUCAUCACCAUGAAGAAGAAUGAGCAUUACUACCCGACAUGGGAGUGGCUCAAGGACCCUGCCGUCCCUGGGGGUUGGAUGCGCAGGACAUAUGAAAAGGGCAAGGUCUCUAAGGGCGAGGGUGCGGGCGGGAUAGUGGUUUAG